AUGGAGGGGUUCUGCUGCAGGCGGCGGUCCUCUUCUUCAGGGUGCAUCACCCUGAGGCUGGCUGGGACCAACCUUCUAAACAAUGGCAUGAUUCAAAGGUGGACGGUGGCUACAAGGAAUCAGGCGGCCAAUUUUGACUUGUAUGGCAAAUUGAAGGACUUCCAUGACACGCUGCAGAGGUCUGCGGUGCGGCAGUUCAGCGACAAAGUGAAGACUGACGCCACGACCGUGGCCCUGAAGGGUUAUGCACUCGUCACCCUUAUUGCUGAAAGAGGCUUUGUUGUCAAGGUGGGUCUGUCCGGGGUGGACGAAAACAGCCUGAAGGGCUUUGCAGAAGAGCUGGAGAAGUCAAGGACAUCACUGGCUUACGAGGGCAUCUUUGUGAUCUUGGAUGCUCUUGACAAGCAGAGAGAGACGGAGAUGGCAAAGUAUCAAGUGGAGCUGCAAAAGGAAUAUGAGACCUUGCAGCCGCACUUGGACGCAAUCUACGCCUUCAGGGACAAGCAUGGCAUGUCAACGUACUACCUAACAUGCAUGGAGGGGCUUCAACGAAAAACAAAGGAGGCAGCCAGUGUGGACAAAGCGCGCAGAGCGCUUAACGCAUACUGGAAGGCUGUGAAGAACAGCUAUGAGCUGGGCACCCUGCCUGUGCCCGGCAACGAGUUCCUCUCUGGUCACAUGUUGCGGAAGGGAGUGGACUACAGAAACUUGGUGGAGCCCUUGGACUGCGCAAAUUGGUAUCGCCUGGGCAUUGAUCUGCAGGAGCUUGCUCCUGCUGUUCUGAAGGGUGAUUACUACUGCGCGCAGCAGCGACCGGGGGCAUAUAGAUUGAUAUGCAAGCGGCAGGAAGCGGCAGGCUCCGUGGCGCACGAUCUUGUCCCGAGCGCAGAGGCGUGGGAAACAAAUUUGGCAGAGAUCAGUACAAAAUGCAAAGAGGCGCGCCAUAAGCAAGCGCAGAAGAAGGGCUGCAUUGUGAUGUGA